AUACGGGGAGACCUAUAGAUCAUGAAAAUCCUGUUGUGUUACUACUAUAGUUUAUGUUUGAUGUGGAACUUGGAAAAAUGGGAUGGAUGACCCAAAAUAAAAGGUCCAAAUGAAAUUUGACCUCAAUUUAUAAAACAAAUGAAAAAUGGAUUUUUGCUUACAUCAUCUACUUGUGAAAUUACCACUGUAACCUCUAAAGGACUCUUCUUCCUCCUUCGUUUUCCAACUUUUUUCACUUCUUCUUCUGCCCGCUUCUUCUCCUCCUUCCUCUGCAUGUUUCUUCUUCAUCAUCUUCUUCUUUUGCCUUCUUCUUCUUUCUUCUUUUGCUUUUUUCUUUUUCUUUUUCUUUUUCUUCUUUUUCUUUCUAUAUCUUUUCUGCCUUGUUCUUUUCUUUUUCUUCUCUCCCCCCGAACCAAAGUUUGAAGCAAGACCAAAGAGCGAGCCAAAGAAGAGAGAGGAAGAGAGAAGCGAGAUCGAGAUGGGAAGCAGAAGAAAAAACGUGAAGUGAAGAGAAAGCAUGAAUUGAAGAGAGAGAAGUGAGAUCUAAAGAGAGGAGACAGAAGAAAAAUCAAGAUGGAGAGAAGAUUGAGAUCAAGAAGUGAAAUGAAAAGAAAUGGUGAAUUGAGGAGAGAGAAGUGAGAUCUAUAGAAGAGAAGCAAGAUCGAGGAAAGAGAGUGAGAAACCUGACCGAGAAGCAAGAGCGAUCAGACUAUUAGGUCAGGUCAAGCGAGAUUUUUGGGGUCAAAGUAGUAAAUUCACACGUUGCUUAUAUAAACAUAAGACCAAAUUUCAUUGCUUUUGAAGCUUGAACCAUUUUUACUUGGUACAAGUCAUCCGAACAAAAACCCCAAUAGUAGUUUAUUCUUGAUUUUGUUUUUGCUUUUAUCGUUUUUGUUGGUUUUAACCGGGACCACGAGCUGAGGUCUUCCCUUUGUUGUUUUUGCUUUAUGACAAUUUCACUGAAAUAAAACUAUCCCUUGCGGGAAAAAUAAUUGAAAUAUAUAUAUUUGGCUAAAAGGAAAGGAGUAUGAGAUCUAGAUGUAGCCUCAUCCCCUUGCCACCAAAAAGAAAAAGGAAAAGGAAAAGGAAAAGGAAAAGGAAAAAACAGUAAAAUAGAUGAAUCACUCUUUUGAUUCAUGGACGAGGAUGGAACUGGAAGAAGAAACGAUGGAGGGAACGAAGGACCAACCAAUUUCUCCUCUCUGCCGGAAGGAGUAAUAGCAAACACAUUGUCGCUCACCACUCCAUUCGAUGCCUGCAGGACGUCGGUAGUUUCCCGGGCUUUCCAUGCGGCGGCGCAGUCCGAUAUCGUGUGGGACAGAUUCCUGCCUAACGAUUUGGACGAUUUUAUUUCUCGGAGAAAACCUAGUGGCCUGAAUUUUGAUCCAAUUAAAAGUUCAAAGAAGGAUAUCUUUUUCUCCCUUUGCAAUAGCCCACUGCUCAUUGAUGACGGCAAGAAGCAGAGCUUUUCAUUGGACAAGCAAAGUGGUAAGAAAUGCAUAAUGCUUGGAGCAAGGGACCUUUCUAUUGUUUGGGAUGAUACCUCUGUGUAUUGGGCCUGGGAAUCUCAUCCUGAGUCAAGGUUUGGUGAAGUAGUAGUUAUUCUCAAGGUGUGGUGGCUUGAAAUACGUGGAAGGAUAAGCAGUGGAAUGUUGUCUCCUGCAACAACUUAUGCAGCUUAUGUUGUGUUCAAGAUGAGGGAACGUAGAUACUUCGGAUUCAAUAUAGAUCCUGUUGAUGCCAUUGUGGGAAUUGUUGGUAGUGAACAUUCUAUGAAGACCGUUUGUUUGGACCCUUAUUUGGACGAUACUCAUCAACGACGCCGACGUGUGACACGGGCAGGGAGCAAUCUACCUAUGAACAACAUGUCAAGGUUGGAAGAGCCAAGGGAGAGACAUGAUGGCUGGUUUGAAACCGAGUUGGGAGAGUUUCAUAAUGAUGGUGGAGAUGAUGAAGUUGAAAUCAUUCUGAAGGAGGUUAGGUGUAAUGAUUCCAAGAAUAGCCUCGUUGUUCAGGGUAUAGAGAUUAGGCCUAAAAUCAACCCUGUAUAGAUGAACUUUGGCGAACUUCAAAACCGUGUUAUUACUUUUAGCGUCAUCAUAGGACAUCCAAAAACGUUGCUUUUUAUUGUAUAUAUAGAGAAGUUUUAGAAAAACUGUAUAGUAAAUUUCAAUCUGAUUGUUGCUAAUUUUUAUUUA